CUUCCGGGAAGCCCCAUCACCUCCUCCCACCACCUCUUCACUUCCUGCGACCUUCUCUGCCAGUCCUCCCAUGGCCGGUGGCGCACAUUACUGCCUCCCCACCUUCGCCGUUUCCCUUCUGUUCCUCCUCGUCCUUCACCUGCCAACAACCCACUCCCUGUCGUCCGGCAACGUCCCCGUCUUCUUCCCCUCUUUCACCAACGUCGUCAAUGGUACUGACGUCGUGCUCCUCAAGGACGCCGGUGUUGGCCAGGGAGCCCUUCAGAUCACCCCCGACACCCUCAACCAGAUCGGCUACCUAGCCAAUAAGUCCGGCCGCGUUCUCCUCCCCAUGCCAUUCAAGCUAUGGGAAGACGUUCCCGCGACGAACGGCACCAACGCCACCACCAGGUAUGUGGCUUCCUUCAACACCACCUUCACCAUCAACAUCUACCGUCCCAACGGCACCACCCCCGGCGAGGGCUUCGCCUUUGUCAUCGUGCCGUCCCUUGACGCCCCGCCCCCCGGGAGCGAGGGCCGCUACCUCGGGCUGACCAACGCCAGCCUCGAUGGCGACCCCAGCAACCAUCUGGUGGCCGUCGAGCUCGACACCGUGAAGGAGUCCUUCGACCCGGACGACAACCAUGUCGGCCUCGAUGUCAACAGCGUCGUCUCCAACGUCACCGCCAAUCUGACCGCGUUCGGCAUCGAGAUCGCUCCCGUGAACGCCACCAACUACACCGUCUGGGUCGACUACGACGGAGCUGCCCGUCACAUACGGGUCUACAUGUCGGUCGCCGGCAAGCAGAAGCUAUCUCUUCCCGUCUUGAGCGCUCCUCUCGACCUCAGUGAUGUCGUGCUCCAGAACUCCUAUUUCGGCUUCGCGGCCUCCACCGGAACCACCUACCAGCUCAACUGCGUGUUGGCAUGGAAUCUGACGGUAGAGAAGCUCUCCGACGACGACGACGGGACUCCAGCAUGGAAGCUUGGUGUCAUCAUCGCCGCACCUGUGGCGUUCGUGGCGUUGAUGGUCGGGCUCGUGGUAGGCCUUUAUAUGAGGAGGAGAAAGGUGAGCGACGACCCGAGCAUGCUGGUGGCGGGGACGCUGAAGAGCCUCCCGGGGACGCCGAGGGAGUUCGAGUUUCGAGAGCUGAGGAAGGCGACCAACAACUUCGACGAGAAGAUGAAGCUGGGACAGGGGGGGUUCGGGGUGGUGUACAGAGGGGUGUUGCAGGGGGAGAACAAGGAGGUGGCGGUGAAGAUGUUCUCCAGGGGCAGCCAUGGCCAGGACGACUUCCUGAAGGAGCUCACCAUCAUUAAUCGCCUGCGCCACAAGCAUCUCGUCCCUCUCGUCGGAUGGUGCCACACCAAAGGGAUGCUGCUCCUGGUGUACGACUACAUGCCCAACGGCAGCCUGGACCAGCACCUCCAUGGCGGCCGCGACCGGCCGCUGCUCAGCUGGGAGCGGCGCUACAAUAUCAUCACCGGCGUCGCCUCCGCCCUCCACUACCUCCACGAUGAGUAUGACCAGCGGGUGGUGCACCGAGACCUCAAGACCUCGAACGUCAUGGUCGAUGCCGGCUUCAACGCCCGCCUCGGCGACUUCGGCCUCGCCCGCGCUCUCGACACCGACAAGACCUCCUACGCCGAGAUCGAGCUCGGCGGCGUCCCCGGCACGCUGGGCUACAUCGCUCCCGAGUGCUUUCACACCGGCAAGGCCACCCGCCAGUCCGACGUCUUCGGCUUCGGCGCCGUCGUCCUCGAGGUCGUCUGCGGCCGCCGGCCCCGCUGCGACGUCCCGGGCGCCCAGUUCCUCGCCGACUGGGUGUGGAAGCUCCACGGCGAGGGCCGCAUCCUCGACGCUGUGGACCAGCGCCUCGCUGAGGGCUUCGAUCAGGGCGAUGCCAAGCGCCUCCUCCUCCUCGGCCUCGCCUGCAGCCACCCCAUCCCGGCGGAGCGCCCCAAGACCGAUGCCAUCGUCCAGAUCCUCUCCCGUUCAGUGGCGCCACCGGCGGUGGCGCCGUUCAAGCCGGCGUUCGUGUGGCCGGCAGGGCCGAUCGACGAGGACGAGAACGACGACGACGACCAUGGCACGUCGAGCAGGUUGAGCAGGACCUCGACGAGCAUGAGCCUGAGCAUGACGUCGUCCCACUAUGCGUCAUCAUCCGGGGUGACGCCAAAGCGCCUCAGCCGAGAGGGACCCGCAGGAGGGCAUCCAAUCGCAGAGGUCUGAGCGGUUGACGAAAAUAUAAAACGACGGCUCGGAAGCUGGAUAGAAGCUGCCGGCUCUGACCAGUUCUCUACUACAUAUUAUUCUAGAAAGAAAGGGACGGGUCGAUGGGAAGAUGAAACCUUGGCAUGGAAGCAACACUUAAUCGUCGCCUCAGUUGUUGACGUGUUUGUAUUAUGAGUAACGUUGUUUUUUGUUAGACGAAGACUUGCCAUCGCAAUUAUCAUUCUAUUCGUUGUGUUUGAGCUUA